UGCAGUGAAAAGGGAGGACGAUGAUUGAUUUGCAUUGGCAUUGGCAUUGGCAUUGGAUAAGUAAAUUAAUAGUAAUAUAAAUAAGAACAAAUAUUUCCUCACUUCUCUUCCACCGCUGUUGUGUAGUAACAAUUAACAAACAACAUGAAAAUGAAACCCCCAUCCCCAUUCCCAUCCCCAUCUCCCCAUCCCCACACCCCUCCACUGCGCCUUCUCCGACAAUCCUUCAACCACAUUACUAUUUCAAAUCAAAUUCAAGUCCUUUUAUAUAAAUGGGGUUCCCUUUACCUCUUCUUUCCUUUUUUUUUUUUUUUAUCUCUCUCUCUCUCUCUCUCUCUCUCUCUCUCUCUCUCUCUCCCGCCGAACCCACCCCCCCCUACCUAUCUUGUUUUCCUCAUCUACCCCUUUUCCUUCCUUCCUUCCUUCAAAUUAAAUGGAGGAUAAUAUGUAUGGCAUGCCUAAGUCCUUCCUUCCACCCGACAAUCUUAUCCUUCCCCUCGAUUACCAAUCCUUGCUUUCUUCCUCCAACUACCGCCGCGAUCCUAUUCCUAUGUUCGGAUCUCAUCAAUUGCUUUCCCGCCCUACUUCCGCCAUAUCCCAAGCUGAACCACCUUCUACUACUACUCCCGAUUUUCCGAUCCCUCGAGAAGACCUUCUCAGCGUCACCAAGGCCAAAAUUGUCUCUCAUCCUACCUAUCCUCGCCUGCUUCAUGCUUAUAUUGACUGCCAGAAGGUUGGAGCUCCUCCGGAGGUAGCGUGCUUGUUGGAGGAAAUCAGGCGAGAAAACGACAGUCAAGAACAAAACGGGAUCUCCACGUGCUUCGGAGCCGAUCCCGAGCUCGAUGAGUUCAUGGAAGCGUACUGUGACAUGCUGGUGAAGUACAAAUCAGAUCUCUCAAGGCCCUUUCAUGAAGCUUUCUCCUUCUUAAACAACAUCCAACUGCAACUUUGCAACCUUGGCGCUCCUGCCUCCACUUCAACUCCUUCCAACGAGGAUGCCAUGUCAUCAGAUGAUGAGCUUAACUGUGGUGAGAGAGAAUUGCAAGAUGGUCAAAUGAGGUUAGAAGACAAAGGUCUCAAAGACAUGCUCUUAAGUAGAUUUGGCGGUCACAUUGGUACCUUAAAGCUGGAAUUUUCAAAGAAGAAGAAGAAAGGAAAACUACCUAAAGAAGGAAGGAAAGUACUGCUUGAGUGGUGGGAUGUUCACUAUAAAUGGCCCUAUCCCACGGAAGCUGAUAAGGUCGCGCUGGCAGAGACAACAGGACUUGAUCCCAAGCAAAUUAACAAUUGGUUUAUUAAUCAACGAAAGCGGCACUGGAAACCUUCUGAGAGUAUGCAAUUUGGAAAUAUGGACAAUGCGGGUGAACAAUUUUACGCUAGGCUUGACUCUUAAGAAUGAGGUGUACAUCAUCGUCCAAAUGGGUAUAUAUUACAUGCUUUGAAAUCACUCACCAUCCUAAGCCAGUAGUCUAGCAUAUAUAUAUAUAUUAUAUAUUCAAGAACAAACAAUUGUGUUCGUUACAUUGGUGGGAAAGUAUCAAAAUGGCUUCCAUACUUUUGUCUUGUAAAUUUGUGAAAGAUACAUUGAUUAUGGAAAUGUUAAUCAAAGUUUGGUUGAUUUCUCCGUCUGUAUGUGUAUAAGUAAUUAGUAUAUGUAAUCAAUGUUUGGAGGAA